ACUCCCUCUGCCAACACCAAUCCCCAUUAAGUCGCUCCCGGGACGCGGCUCACAAUGAAGUUCGUGCCAGCAGGUGUCGUGCCCUUCGUGGCCCUGCUCCUGCUGCAGCGGCGGCCGGUGGCCGGGCGGGCGCUGCUGGUGAGCGGUCCCGGCUGCCCCGGGCACGGUUUGUGCCGCUCCACCGUCCAGGAGCAGACCCGCAGGCAGGUCGCGCUGCUCAAUGCCACCGCCCAGGACCUCUUCAGCCUCUAUCUGAAGUGCCAAGGAGAGCCGUUCAGCAGUGACAGUGACAAGCUCUGCAACCCCGGUGGCAUCGUCUUCCCCCCCUUCCGUGUCAACCGGACGAGCGAGAGGAAGGAGGUGAUGGUGGCCAUGUACAAGCUCUUCGCUUUCCUCAAUGCCUCGCUGGGGAACAUCACACGGGACCAGGAGGAGCUCAACCCCACGGCCAAGGAGCUCCUCGACCGACUCCACAACACCACCAAAACCACCCGGGGCCUCAUCUCCAACCUCACCUGCCUCCUCUGCAAGAACUACAACAUCUUCCAGGUGGAUGUCAGCUACGGGGAAAGCUCCAAGAGCAAGAGCGCCUUCAAGAAGAAGCAGCAGGGCUGCCAGGUGCUCAGGAAGUACGUGCAGGUCAUUGCCCAGGCUGCCCGUGUCCUCCUACCUCAUCUCAGCCCCCCGUGAACACCCACCCUGGCUCCUCUGCCUGCCCCACACUGGCCGUCCUCCAUCGCUGCCUCCUGAACUUAUUUAUUACCCUGGACCUUGUGUUGGCCCCAUCCAUCCCCCUGGUAAUUUAUUUGCCCCUUGAGGGGUGAACGUUGCAGCCCUGUGCAUCCCAGGUGGAGCAGGGCAUGGGCUGGCAUCCAGCAGGACGAGGUGGUGCAUCCAUCCCCGAGGUGACGCCAGAGCACGGGAAGCUCCUGGGAUGGACCUCAGCUGUCCCCAUGCUUACACGGGGUAGAGCUGUGUGUGCUGCCAGGGGACAGGUUCCACCCUCAUGGCUAGGCUCCUCCGUUGUGGAGGGCAACCUGACAGACAUCC